GCGGCGCAGUUUCCGCGAUAGUUGGAGAUUUGAAUUUUUAAACUUCGCUACACGAGUUUAGCAGCCACUGCACCGCUGCUUAAACAUGAUAAAAUAGAUAACAAGUCUUCUGUUUUUAUCGGUUGUGAAUUAAAGUGAUUCUCCGAAGGUUUUAUCUGUAAAGUGUCAACAUGAAGUGUUUAAAAGCGGAAGAGUACAUCAGACGGACUGCCUCUGUGAAGGACACGAAGCUUUUAUUUCAAGAACUAGAGGGUUUUGUGAAGAGUCAUCCUGGCCUUCAGGGUCGCACACUGUGUGACAGGGUCAUCAGAGCCUGUAACCAUCACCUUGGAGCCACAUCCCUGGACUUUGACCAUGUCAGUCACUUGGUACAGCUGGUUGAGCUUUCCCUUCAUGGAUACAAUGUUUCUGCAGCACUUGUUGCCCAGAGCUGUCCACUGUACAUGGAAAAGAUAGUUUUUCACAUUGUCAAGAAGCUAAGCUCACUUGGAGCUCACAAGCUAUGCAGCCAUGUAGCUGGGUUGCUUUUCACAAGGCUUACCCCUGCCCAACAGGGUGAGGACUACUGUGUCCUUGUGCGGAGCUGCUUCUCGGUGCUCUGGACUGGACUUUCUGCAACCAAGGAGAGUAAAAUCCUAAAUCCACAUGACAGACUCCACUGCCAGAUACAAGCCCUGAGCUUCCUCCUGUUAAUGGACACAGACAACUCUACUCCCUCGAUCUCCAAGGCUCCCAUUUACACAGAGGAUGCCAUCAAUGAAUAUGAGAGCAGCUGUGGAGCGAUAACCAAGGAUGAUGCUUGUUUUCUUCUGCGGGAAAUGAACACACUCUUCAGCAGCUGUUGGAGUCAAAGCUGUUACGGGAAUGGGCUCAAGCAGUCUGCUCUGACAUCACAUUUAAAUGUGCUCUCAGAAAUGGCGCUGGUAAUAGUGAAGGUGCUUUGUAAGGCCAGCCUCUAUGAUCUCGCCUCCAACUUCUUGAAUGACACUGAGAGCAAGUUUAUGGACCACGGUGACAGUCAGUGUACAGCUGUGGUGCUUGGGAAAUGGGCUGUUAAAAUUCAUUCCUCAGUAAAGGUCAAAGGGGAAUGUGGCCAAGCUUUGAAGGAGUGUGCGAGAGCCUUGAGGCCUCUUUCAGCUGACCUGGGGGACCAAGAAGCUCAUGCAGUUCUGGAAGGAUCCGGACUCGUUAUGUGGGCUAUGGAAAGUGGCGACAGCAAGGGAUUAAGCGGGCCUAUGCUCUUGGCUUGGUUUUCAUUUCUUGAGGAAUAUCAAGAACGUAUAAUGAAGAUGCUAAAGAAGAGUCCAAAAUGCCAGGCUGAGAGCAGCAGACUACAGCAUGCGCUUUGCUUCAGUAUUUACCAAGGUUUUGUAUUUGCUUAUGAGAGCAUGCUUGCUUCACAGCUGGAGGACAGUGACACACUGGACAGAGUACUGCUCUACUGCCAAGCCACAGCUGGACUUAUGAUGACUGAACUGCGUAAACUGUCUAGUGAAAAUCUUCUCGUCAAAGCGGUGAUUUCAGUGAGCAACUUAGCAUGUGGAUUGUACAACCAGCGUCUCUACGACCAAGCCUUCUCACUAGUCGAGAUCCUCUGUAUAGAUCUGUGCAAGAGUGUCCCAGCAUCUCUCUCUGUCGACAGGUUGAGCCGACCCCUCAUGCUGGCUGUGCAGACCUCUCGGCGCGCUGGACAACUGGAGAGAGCACUGGACUGGGUGAUCCUGUGGCUGAAGGCUCUGGGGGACAAAAUCACAACUCACAUGGCUGAACCGGUUUCACUGUGGGUGAAAACCAAGACUGAUGCAGCCCGGAACUCUGAGGAGGACAUCCGUCUGAGGACUCUACACGAUGGUUUUGGUUCUGAUGUCCCUGAUGAGCGAGUGAUGCUUUGCCUCUUGGAGGAAGAGCUGCGUGCCUAUAAGGAGGUGGCAGGAGACACGUCCAACGAGCGUUAUAACACUUUGUGUGAUCUGUUGGACAUCUGCCAUGAAGAGAGCUCCCACACCCAUCUACGUGCUGUGUACCUCUGUGAAAUGGCCCAAGUUGUAUGUUACCAGGACUUCAGUGAACAGACUGACUGCACGGCUGUUGAUUUUACCCUUGAAGCUUUACGUCUGCUUGAAGAAGAACCAGAGACCACAGAGAAUGCUGACAGACUUAAGGAUGACAAGGCCCAUGCUUCACUUUGGCUCUAUAUCUGCACUCUAGAGAAAAAUCUCCAGGAGGCCAUUGAAAGAGAUAAAAAACAGCGUGAGUUGCGUGAGCAGACCCAGUGUCUAGCCAAUCCUAUAGGAACCAAUGAUUUUGAUUAUGAAGACAAGCAGAAGACACAAGACAGCUUCCUGGUCCACGAAGGCCUACAUUUCAACCUGGCUGCGGAAAACAAGCUGUGCAAGCCUUUGGAGAGAGCACUAGGUGAAUGGUCUGCUCAGUUGCAGAGUAAAGCCCUGCCUUUGGUCAGAAACCCCAAACAGACCUGCAGCUCCAUCGCUGUGACUGCAGCUCUCUUUAAACUCAUGGGAAAGCCUCUGAAGGCAUUGGAGGCCUACCAACUUUCGAUCAGACUUUCACAUCAACUUGCUGAUGCCCGUGCAUGUGCCAGCUCCCUCUGUCAGUCAGCUAGUGUCCUUCUGGACAUGGGAACCCCUGAACUGGCUUUGUCCCAGCUGGAGAAGGCAGAAAAGCUUCUUACCUCUGACUCCAGCUCUGAUGGACCUUCUUCUCUCUCGAUGCUGGCCAUUCUGUUGAAAGCUCAAUACUGCUACAACACAGGACAGGUGCAAAUUGGGGUGCCUUUUCUGUGUGAGGUGCUUAAAGAAGUGAAUGAACAGAGGCAGUCAAAGAGCUGGUACCUGCUGCGUGCUCAAGCGCUACAGACCUGCAGCUCCUACCUGAGUUUGGACACCACUACACUGCCUGAGGCCCAGCGAAGCCACAUCACGAAGCAUGGUAUCUUUAGCCCGGACACUGCCCUGUAUGAGAGUCUGAAGCUUCUCUGCAGUCUACUGGUCACGUUAGUGGGGAAGGGCCUCUAUGGGACAAACAGUGGUACCUCAGGCAACUCCCGCUUCAUCGACCAAGGAGAUAACCUGGUGCUGAAGUGGCAGCUGCUCUCAGAGCUGUUAAAAUGCUCCAUGAAGAUGGUGGCUGUUAGGAGCAGCUGUGGGGCCGUCAAUGAGGCCAGGCUCCAGUGCCUGGAAGCUCUCAAACUGGCCAUGAAGCUCCAAGCACUCAGUCAAUGCUCUGAGCUGCUGGUGAUGAAAGCUGAGUUGGAGCUGAUGCAGGGGGAGAGAGAGGAAUGUGCAGUUGAUUUGGAUAAAGUCAGAAAUCUUCUGGAGCUUUGCAUGGAUUUAUCUGAACAGGUGCAGAAGUCAGAGAUGAAAAUCAAACCAAGGAAAGGUCGCCCAGCAAAGAAGCCCCAGCCUUCACACCCUCCUUUGGAGGAUGAUGAUGAUAAGGGCAUCCUGAGCACCAGGUGGAUUGCCAGAGAACCCAUAGUGAGGGAUCUAGCCAGCUCCCCACCUCUCAAAGCUCAGCCUCGCCGCUGGCUUUCCUCCUUGGCGCAUGACUCUGACUGCCAGUGUCACUGCUGCUCUGAGCCCUGUUUGGGACGUGCCACCGCUCGCUGGGCAGCUACACAGGCCGAUCUGGUUCUCCAGUUGGAUCCAAAUGAAGCUAGAGUUGGAAUGAAACUUCAGUGGGCUACUCUGACCCGCUGUAAGAGUGUUUCUUCCAAACUUGGUGAAAAAUUGGCUGAACUCAUCCCUCCCUGUGGUGUAAAAAGUGACUAUAAACCCUCCCUGAUGCAGGAUGUAGUGGGUCGUGUGUACCUCAGCAUGGCCCUGUCUGGGCUGGAACCAGGGCUAAACAAGGUCUGUAGUAUAUGGAAAAUACUAGAUGCUGGUUUAGCAUUUGUGGAGUCUACUCCCUCUCCUGACCUUAGACCUGUUAGAGCAGGCCUAAUGGCAACCAAAGCUAUAGUGUCAUUGGUUACCUUGGCUGACAGAAAGGACUGCACCCCAGAGGAGCUUUUCUCAAAUGUUUGGACUUGGAAUGCCCCAAAAAUUGAUAAAGAACUAAAAUCAGAGCAGAAAAGGGUGCCUCCUCCAUCGACUAUUAAGAAGUCUAAAGAGUCCAUUAAACACCCAGAGAUUCCUGACAAAACAAAGGAGGCAAAGAAGAGCAAGAUCGUCAAGCCCAAGAUUCAAGUGACAAGCGCUUCCUCAAAAGGAAAGGGACUGGUUCCCAUGACACCAGUGAUGGUGAAGUCAAAGCCCUCUGUUAAGGACCUCGGCUCUUUUGACUUUAACACAGUGGUUCCCACUUUAGCCUGUACUCCAGUUCAAAGAGUAAAAGGCCCUGCUUCAGUGCAGAAAGCACAGAGGACUGCAUCAAAGCUGCAGUUUCAGGUGUAUGAAGAGCUGUCACCAGUUCAAGACAAAGCCCAAGCUGUUCCUGCUGCCCCCAGACGCACAAAGAAAUCACGCUACAAGGUGGAAUUCAGCGAUGAAAGUGACACUGAAACAAAUACCCCGGCAGAGCCUGAAGAAAAAACUGAGGCCCCUAAAAAGCGAACCACAGCAAGAAGAGUCGCCCAAAGCAGUAAAACAUCCUCAGAUCCUCCUGCAGAGAAGGUCCAACCCAAGAGGCAGACCAAGGGUAAGAAGAGCACUGCAGUUGCUCGGCCCCCCUCCUCUGAAGAUGACACCUUAGUCUGCCCGUCCACCUCAACAAGAAGGGGAAGAACCAGGAGGGAGCUGUCCAGGGCUGAGGCAGAUUCAUUGGAAGAGCCGGACAAAAUGAGGACCAUUGAUGAGGAAACUACUGAAGUUCUGGACAUAAGCAUCGAGCAGCUUCGGACAUCAGACACUGAAGAUAAUCCUGCUUCAAAUAAAGAUAUUGACAUCGAUUUUGAGGUGUUAAGGCGGGACAUGUGUUGUGAUUUGGAGAAAGAUGACCUGUCUGAACUGAGGAGCAGAGGCCAUCUGAGGGAUGGACCACAAACCCACCUGUCUCACUCAGACACCAGGCCGGAUAAUCUUUCUCUGGAGGAUGUUCAGUCUCUACUCCGCUCAGCUUGGCUGGCUCUCCAGCACUUUCCUUCCCCAACUAUCCACACGACAGUCAGUUCUCUUCUGGCCUUGACCGUGGGACAGCAGGACCCCAUGACUACAGCAAUGCUGCACGCCCAGUCUUUGGGCAUCACAAGUCGUCAUCGCACAAUCAGGCAUUUGGCCAGUUGUUUCAAAAAGUUGAAGAAGGCGUCCUCUGACCUGGCAGAGAAGAUGGAUGGUCAGAGUCUAGACGAGCUCAGUCCAGGCGAGUCCAAGAAUUCAACCGAACAAAAGUUGUUGCAGUUAGAGAACAUCUUUUCCUUCCCAACUUUGGAUUCCUCCACUUUCCCCGAGAGCCACUGUCAAGAUUUCAAGCAACAAAUUCAGCAACUUCCACAAGGAGUGACAGUGUGUGUGAUGUCUGUACUUGGAUUCAAACCUGGGGAGAUGGGUGACAGCAUCGUACUGUCACGCCUUGAGAAAGGAUCAGCCCCUGUAACUGUUCACAUCCCCACCUCUAAACAGAAGCACCCCAUCAGCUGGCUGGUGCGGGAGAUAGAUAGUAUCCAGGUGGAUCAGAAGGCUGUGAGCUGCGUUUCUGAGAAAGCCAAGUGGUGGGAGGGCCGUAGGGCACUCGAUUCUCGAGUUGAGCAACUUCUAAAGGAGAUGGAGGAAUUGUUGGGAUGUUGGAAGAGUUUUCUUCUCCCCUGUUCGUCAGAUCCUGAGCCCUCCAAACAAGCCUUGCACCUUUGCAAAUCCUUGUCUGCAAGAGGAGUCACCGUCAGUGAGGAGAUGCUGAAGGCUUUGCUUUUGGGCUCUCCUGCGCUCUCCAAAGAAGACCUCAAACAGUUUGCUCUGGGAGUUUCUCCUCAGUGGGACGUGGAGUGUGACCAGCUCUUGCAGAUCGCUGUGUCCCAACUCGCUGACAGAGAUGAGCCGCGCAGUCAUGUGGUUCUCAUUCUGGAUAAGUACCUUCAGAAGCUGCCUUGGGAGAGCAUCUCCAUCCUACAAUCUUGCUCCGUCAGCCGGAUGCCUUCUCUACACUCCCUUAUUGGACUGAACAUUCAAAAAGAGACUGACUCCAGAUCCAUCCUGAAGUAUGGUGUGGACACCAAGCAUGUGUUUUAUGUGCUGGACCCUGAUGCCAAUUUGGGAAACUCUCAAGAUCGAUUUAAGGACUGGUUCAACAGUAAACUGGAUUGGGAGGGUGUGUGUGGAGUUGCGCCUGACUCAGGUAGGCUGGAGGAGGCUGUUGCAACAAAGGAUCUUUACAUUUUUGUGGGUCACGGUGCAGGCGCACGAUUCCUAGACAGUCAAGGGGUCCUGAAACGACAGAUGAGAGCAGCUGCUCUGCUUUUUGGCUGCAGUAGUGCUGCUCUGGCAGUGCGUGGGGACCAGGAAGGACAGGGCAUCAUACUCAACUACCUCAUAGCAGGAUGCCCCUUUGUUUUGGGAAACCUGUGGGAUGUGACAGAUCGGGAUAUUGACCGUUUCACUAAAGCCUUGUUGGAGUCCUGGCUGUCUGCUGGUUCUGGAGCUCCCCUCUUGGAUUACAUGGGCCCGUCACGUCAGGCCACACACCUGAAACACCUCAUAGGAGCUGCACCUGUAGUCUAUGGCUUACCUGUCCACCUGCAGUAGGUGGACUGGAAACAGGAUGUAAACAGUCUCUGCAGAUUUAAAUUGUAUAGCUUCAGCACAAUCUCUUGAACUUGUUUUAAACUUGAAGUUUAAUCCUUGUGUUUAAUUUUUUUUAAAUGAUGAUAUUGAUACUUUUCAUUUAUUUAAAACUAUGUUUGCUAUUUUUAAACCAAUGUUUUUAUGCUUGAAUGGUUUUAUAUGUGCACUUUGAAUGUGUUGAUAUAACAGAUUGUGAAUAAAAGUGUUUUUACGCACA